GUCGAUGGAUAAGACUGGACAUUAUUUAGAUUACGUCACAUAAAGGAAUUUCACAUGUUUGGCAUAGGAUGUACGUUUGUGUAAGUUGGCCCUGGUGCCUCCUUUCAACUGGCCAGGAAGGAAGUGCUGUGUUUUUUUCUUGUUUUACAUCCCUCCCUCGCAAGCCUUGGAAGGCAGUUCCCAAGUUGAUACUGUAACUGGAGUGCGGAAGUGCAAUACAUGUGACGGGCAUGUCGGCACUAGUAUCGGGCAUGUAGAAACGAGUACCUGACAAAUUAGAACAAGUACCAGCGGACUGAACCAACAAAUAGUUCUCUUGUUGUAUAUAAUUACCUGUGCGAUUGACGUGCACAUGCGCGCACAGGUUCAGACUUUCCAGUGCAUGUUGGAUAGGUUGCGCAAGCGUACAAAUUCACCACGGGAUCUGGAGAUACAGUGCAAGAGAAGAGUCAACGUUGCCAUUGUGAUCACUGGAUUCCCGAAGGGGAGGGUGUUAUCACAGUCUGCAGUCAUCUUGUUUUCGACCCAAUUCGCCUAUUGGUCAGCUAGCAGUUCAGCUUGCCCAUUGCCUUCUGCAUCUGCCGGCCACUGAGUGGGCACUGUGCGAUGUAGACUCAGAGGUCUUGUUUAAACGAGUACAUUUUGUGAGCUUCAUAAUAAGAAUUCCAACUGUAAACUCCCAAAAGCUGUUGUGUUGCUUGUGAGUACAAAGAUGGGCGGUCCUUGCGGGUCGACGCUUGCGGCGUGGCUUGUGGGAACUUGGUACCUGCUCCUAGUCUUCUGUGCCCAUGGCAACGCGCAGGAAACAGGGGAUGUCCGUUUGGCUGAUGGAUUCUACCCAUAUCAAGGGCGUGUGGAGAUUUUCAACGGAGAAUGGGGCACAGUCUGUGAUGACUCUUGGGAUAUCCAAGACGCUACCGUCGUCUGCCGUCAACUGGGCUACCCAGGUGCUGAGAGGGCUGUAUCUGCGGCUGCCGAGUUCUCUACUGGAGAUGGGCCAAUUUUCCUGGACGAUUUGUCUUGCACAGGAGACGAGCCAAAUCUAGGACAGUGUGGGCACCGAGGAUGGGCAAACCAUAAUUGUGGACAUUCAGAAGAUGCCGGUGUGGUAUGCUCCACUCCAAGUACAGAUACCAUGCCCUUUUCAGAUGGCAGCGUUCGACUGAUGGACGGUAGCUCACCUGCAGAGGGACGUGUUGAAGUCUACUUUCAAGGGGGGUGGGGGACUGUCUGUGAUGACCUGUUCGAUAUCCAAGAUGCUACCGUCAUAUGUCAUCAGCUUGGUUUCCCAUCUGCAGUGAGAGCUGUAUCUGCUGCCGCUGAAUUUUCCAUCGGCAGUGGAGCAAUUCUCCUGGACAAUCUUGAGUGCUCAGGAGAUGAAAGUACACUUGCAGAUUGUUCCCAUGCAGGAUGGACUGUAAACAACUGUGGCCACUCAGAAGAUGCUGGAGUCAUCUGUACUACAUCAGCAACUGCUGGACCAGAGGUUUCAGGGAUACCAGAUGGCAGUGUUCGAUUAGUUGAUGGAAGCUCAUCUUCCGAGGGACGUGUUGAGGUCUACUAUCAGGGUAGCUGGGGAACUGUUUGCGAUGACUUAUUUGAUAUCCAAGAUGCUACCGUCAUCUGUCAGCAACUCGGUUUCCCAUCUGCAUUGAGAGCUGUAUCUGCUGCCGCUGAAUUUUCCAUUGGCAGUGGAGCAAUUCUCCUUGACGAUGUUCAGUGCUCAGGAGAUGAAAGUACACUUGCAGAUUGUUUCCAUGCAGGAUGGACUGUAAACAACUGUGGCCACUCAGAAGAUGCUGGAGUUAUCUGUACUACAUCAGCAACUGCUGCGCCAGAGGUUUCAGGGAUACCAGAUGGCAGUGUUCGAUUAGUUGAUGGAAGCUCAUCUUCUGAGGGACGUGUUGAGGUCUACUAUCAGGGUAGCUGGGGAACCAUCUGCGAUGACUUAUUUGAUAUCCAAGAUGCUACCGUCAUAUGUCAACAACUUGGUUUCCCAUCUGCAUUGAGAGCUGUAUCUGCUGCUGCUGAAUUUUCCAUCGGUAGUGGAGCAAUUCUCCUGGACGAUGUUCAGUGCUCAGGAGAUGAAAGUACACUGGCAGAUUGUUCCCAUGCAGGAUGGACUGUAAACAACUGUGGCCACUCAGAAGAUGCUGGAGUCAUUUGUUCUACAACAGCAACUGCUGCGCCAGAGGUUUCAGGGAUACCAGAUGGCAGUGUUCGAUUAGUUGAUGGAAGCUCAUCUUCUGAGGGACGUGUUGAGGUCUACUAUCAGGGUAGCUGGGGAACUGUUUGCGAUGACUUAUUUGAUAUUCAAGAUGCUACUGUCAUAUGCCAACAACUUGGUUUCCCAUCUGCAUUGAGAGUAUCUGCUGCUAGUGAAUUUUCCAUUGGCAGUGGAGCAAUUCUCCUGGACAAUCUUGAGUGCUCAGGAGAUGAAAGUACAAUUGCAGAUUGUUCCCAUGCAGGAUGGACUGUAAAUAACUGUGGCCACUCAGAAGAUGCUGGAGUCAUCUGUACUACAUCAGCAACUGCUGCACCAGAGGUUUCAGGGAUACCAGAUGGCAGUGUUCGAUUAGUUGAUGGAAGCUCAUCUUCUGAGGGACGUGUUGAGGUCUACUAUCAGGGUAGCUGGGGAACUGUUUGCGAUGACUUAUUUGAUAUUCAAGAUGCUACUGUCAUAUGCCAACAACUUGGUUUCCCAUCUGCAUUGAGAGUAUCUGCUGCCGCUGAAUUUUCCAUCGGCAGUGGAGCAAUUCUCCUGGACAAUCUCGAGUGCUCAGGAGAUGAAAGUACACUUGCAGAUUGUUCCCAUGCAGGAUGGACUGUAAACAACUGUGGCCACUCAGAAGAUGCUGGAGUCGUCUGUUCUACAUCAGCAACUGCUGUGCCAGAGGUUUCAGGGAUACCAGAUGGCCGUGUUCGAUUAGUUGAUGGAAGCUCAUCUUCCGAGGGACGUGUUGAGGUCUACUAUCAGGGUAGCUGGGGAACAGUCUGCGAUGACUUAUUUGAUAUCCAAGCUGCUACCGUCAUCUGUCAGCAACUCGGUUUCCCAUCUGCAUUGAGAACUGUAAAUGCUGCCGCCGAAUUUUCCAUUGGCAGAGGAGCAAUUCUCCUUGACGAUGUUCAGUGCUCAGGAGAUGAAAGUACACUUGCAGAUUGUUUCCAUGCAGGAUGGACUGUAAACAACUGUGACCACUCAGAAGAUGCUGGAGUCAUCUGUACUACAUCAGCAACUGCUUUGCCAGAGGUUUCAGGGAUACCAGAUGGCAGUGUUCGAUUAAUUGAUGGAAGCUCAUCUUCUGAGGGACGUGUUGAGGUCUACUAUCAGGGUAGCUGGGGAACAGUCUGCGAUGACUUAUUUGAUAUCCAAGAUGCUACCGUCAUAUGCCAACAACUCGGUUUCCCAUCUGCAUUAAGAGCUGUAUCUGCUGCUGCUGAAUUUUCCAUUGGCAGUGGAGCAAUUCUCCUGGACAAUCUUGAGUGCUCAGGAGAUGAAAGUACACUUGCAGAUUGUUCACAUGCAGGAUGGACUGUAAACAACUGUGGCCACUCAGAAGAUGCUGGAGUCGUCUGUUCUACAUCAGCAACUGCUGCGCCAGAGGUUUCAGGGAUACCAGAUGGCAGUGUUCGAUUAGUUGAUGGAAGCUCAUCUUCCGAGGGACGUGUUGAGGUCUACUAUCAGGGUAGCUGGGGAACUGUUUGCGAUGACUUAUUUGAUAUCCAAGAUGCUACUGUCAUAUGCCAACAACUUGGUUUCCCAUCUGCAUUGAGAGUAUCUGCUGCCGCUGAAUUUUCCAUUGGCAGUGGAGCAAUUCUCCUGGACAAUCUUGAGUGCUCAGGAGAUGAAAGUACAAUUGCAGAUUGUUCCCAUGCAGGAUGGACUGUAAACAACUGUGGCCACUCAGAAGAUGCUGGAGUCAUCUGUUCUACAACAGCAACUGCUGCACCAGAGGUUUCAGGGAUAACAGAUGGCAGUGUUCGAUUAGUUGAUGGAAGCUCAUCUUCUGAGGGACGUGUUGAGGUCUACUAUCAGGGUAGCUGGGGAACUGUCUGCAAUGACUUAUUUGAUAUCCAAGCUGCUUCUGUCAUUUGUCACCAACUUGGUUUCCCUUCUGCAUUGAGAACUGUAAAUGCUGCCCUUGAAUUUUCCAUUGGCAGUGGAGCAAUUCUCCUUGACGAUGUUCAGUGCUCAGGAGAUGAAAGUACACUUGCAGAUUGUUUCCAUGCAGGAUGGACUGUAAACAACUGUGGCCACUCAGAAGAUGUUGGAGUCAUCUGUACUACAUCAGCAACUGCUGCGCCAGAGGUUUCAGGGAUACUAGAUGGCAGUGUUCGAUUAGUUGAUGGAAGCUCAUCUUCCGAGGGACGUGUUGAGGUCUACUAUCAGGGUAGCUGGGGAACAGUCUGCGAUGACUUAUUUGAUAUCCAAGAUGCUACCGUCAUCUGUCAGCAACUCGGUUUCCCAUCUGCAUUGAGAGCUGUAUCUGCUGCUGCUGAAUUUUCCGAAGGCAGGGGCCCCAUUUUCCUGGACAAUCUUGAGUGCUCAGGAGAUGAAAGUACAAUUGCAGAUUGUUCCCAUGCAGGAUGGACUGUAAACAACUGUGGCCACUCAGAAGAUGCUGGAGUCAUCUGUUCUACAUCAACAACUGCUGCCCCAGAGGCUUCCGGGAUACCUGACGGUAGUAUUCGUUUAGCAGAUGGAGCUUCCUCUUCGGAGGGCAGAGUUGAGAUCUUUUACCAGGGUGAAUGGGGCACUGUCUGCAAUGACAUGUGGGGUUUGAGAGAUGCUGCUGUUGUCUGCCGUCAACUGGGUUUCCCAGCAGCGCGGACUGCCAGUUCUGUCACUGACUCGCCCUUUCCUGAUGAGGGACCAAUUUUCCUGGAUGAUGUCGGCUGCUCAGGAAAUGAGAGUUCACUUGCAGAGUGUCCCCAUGCGGGAUGGGCUGUCGAAAACUGCGAACACUAUGAAGAUGCUGGAGUAACCUGUUUGACAACAAAGCCAGUUGUCACGUUGCGUUUGGCUGAUGGUAGCUCUUCGCAUGAGGGACGUGUUGACGUUUACUUUCAAGGUGAGUGGGGGACAAUCUGUGAUGAUUCAUGGGAUAUCCAAGAUGCGACCGUUGUCUGCCAUCAGCUUGGUUUCCCAGCUGCUGUUAGUGUCGUCUCAGCUAGGACUGCCUUCUCCAUUGGAAGCGGGCCGAUUUUCCUUGAUCAACUGAGCUGCUCGGGAAGUGAAACCACACUGGCCGAUUGCUUCCAUGAUGGAUGGGGUAUUAGUAACUGCCAUCACUUUGAAGAUGCUGGAGUUGUAUGUGCUGCUUCCACCUCAACCGAGAGCCCAGAGGUUUCUCUGAUACCAGAGGGCAGCGUUCGAUUGGUAGGAGGCUCGUCAUUCGAGGGACGUGUGGAAGUCUACUUCCUUGGUGAAUGGGGGACUGUCUGCGAUGACUUGUGGGAUCUUCAAGACGCAACUGUCGUCUGCCGUCAGCUGGGCUUUUCAGGCGCAGUGAGGGCUUUUACUGUGGGCUCAGAAAUCCCUCCCGGAGAGGGGCUGAUACUUUUGGAUGACGUGACUUGCAAUGGAGACGAGCAAAGCCUAGGAGAGUGCUCUCAUUCAGGAUUGCAGAUUUACAACUGUGCCCACUCUGAAGAUGCAGCUGUUGCAUGUGCUACAUCGACAGAAAGUCCAGAUUCAUCAACAGUUUCGGUUGGCAGUGUCCGAUUGGUGGAUGGCGACUAUCCGUAUGAAGGGCGCGUUGAGGUCUACUACCAAGGCCAGUGGGGGACUGUCUGUGAUGACUUGUGGGAUAUCAAAGAUGCCACUGUUGUCUGUCGGCAACUGGGCUUCCCAGGUGCUCUCAGAGCCAUAUCUGCUGCUGAUGAAUUCCCUGUUGGUGAAGGGCCCAUCUUCCUUGAUGAUGUUGGCUGUUCGGGAGAUGAAAAUACAUUGGCGGGUUGUUCCCAUCGAGGUUGGAAUGACAACAACUGCGGCCACUCAGAAGAUGCUGGAGUCAUCUGCUCUACAGGCGGAACAACUGCUAUGCCAGGGGUUUCCGGGAUGCCAGAUGGCAGUGUUCGUUUGGUUGAUGGGGACUCGUCUUAUGAAGGUCGUGUUGAGGUGUACUACCAAGGCCAGUGGGGGACUGUCUGUGAUGACUUGUGGGAUAUCAAUGAUGCCACUGUUGUCUGUCGGCAACUGGGCUUCCCAGGUGCUCUCAGAGCCAUUUCUGCUGCUGAUGAAUUCUCUGUUGGUGAAGGGCCCAUUUUCCUGGAUGAUGUUGGCUGUUCGGGAGAUGAAAGUACAUUGGCAGAUUGUUCCCAUCGAGGUUGGAAUGAUAACAACUGCGGCCACUCAGAAGAUGCUGGAGUCAUCUGCUCUACAAGUUCACCAACUGGCGGCCCAGAUGGCAGUGUUCGAUUAGUUGGUGGAGACUCAUCGCAUGAAGGUCGUGUUGAAGUCUACUACCAAGGCCAGUGGGGGACUGUCUGUGAUGACUUGUGGGAUAUCGAUGAUGCUACUGUUGUCUGUCGGCAACUGGGCUUCCCAGGUGCUGUAAGGGCUCUAUCUGCUGCCGAUGAAUUCUCUGUUGGUGAAGGGCCCAUCUUCCUGGAUGAUGUUGGGUGUUCCGGAUCUGAAAGUGCAUUGGCAGAUUGUUCUCAUCGAGGCUGGAAUGAUAACAACUGCGGCCACUCAGAAGAUGCUGGAGUCAUCUGCUCUGCGCCAGAUGGCAGUGUUCAAUUAGUUGGUGGAGACUCGUCAAAUGAAGGUCGUGUUGAGGUCUACUACCAAGGCCAGUGGGGGACUGUCUGUGAUGACUUGUGGGAUAUCGAUGAUGCCACUGUUGUCUGUCGGCAACUGGGCUUCCCAGGUGCUCUCAGAGCCAUUUCUGCUGUUGAUGAAUUCUCUGUUGGUGAAGGGCCCAUCUUCCUGGAUGAUGUUGGGUGUACGGGAGGUGAAAGUACAUUGGCAGAUUGUUCUCAUCGAGGCUGGAAUGAUAACAACUGCGGCCACUCAGAAGAUGCUGGAGUCAUCUGCUCUGCGCCAGAUGGCAGUGUUCGUUUGGUUGACGGAGACUCAUCGCUUGAAGGUCGUGUUGAGGUCUACUACCAAGGCCAGUGGGGGACUGUCUGUGAUGACUUGUGGGAUAUCGAUGAUGCUACUGUUGUCUGUCGGCAACUGGGCUUCCCAGGUGCUGUAAGGGCUCUAUCUGCUGCCGAUGAAUUCUCUGUUGGUGAAGGGCCCAUCUUCCUGGAUGAUGUUGGCUGUUCCGGAUCUGAAAGUACAUUGGCUGAUUGUUCCCAUCGAGGAUGGAAUGACAACAACUGCGGCCACUCAGAAGAUGCUGGAGUCAUCUGCUCUACAAGCGGAACAACUGCUUUGCCAGGGGUUUCAGGGAUACCAGAUGGCAGUGUACAAUUAGUUGGUGGAGACUCGUCAAAUGAAGGUCGUGUUGAGGUCUACUACCAAGGCCAGUGGGGUACUGUCUGUGAUGACUUGUGGGAUAUCCGAGAUGCCAUUGUCGUCUGUCGGCAACUGGGCUUCCCAGGUGCUCUCAGAGCCAUUUCUGCUGCUGAUAAAUUCCCUGUUGGUGAAGGGCCCAUCUUCCCUUAUGAUGUUGGCUGUUCGGGAGUUGAAAGUACAUGGGCAGAUUGUUUCUUUCGAGGUUGGAAUGAUACCAACUGCGGCCACUCAGAAGAUGCUGGAGUCAUCUGCUCUACAAGUUCACCAACUGGCGGCCCAGAUGGCAGUGUUCGAUUAGUUGGUGGAGACUCGUCAAAUGAAGGUCGUGUUGAGGUCUACUACCAAGGCCAGUGGGGUACUGUCUGUGAUGACUUGUGGGAUAUCGAUGAUGCUACUGUUGUCUGUCGGCAACUGGGCUUCCCAGGUGCUGUAAGGGCUCUAUCUGCUGCCGAUGAAUUCUCUGUUGGUGAAGGGCCCAUCUUCCUGGAUGACGUUGGGUGUUCGGGAGGUGAAAGUGCAUUGGCAGAUUGUUCUCAUCGAGGCUGGAAUGAUAACAACUGCGGCCACUCAGAAGAUGCUGGAGUCAUCUGCUCUACGCCAGAUGGCAGUGUUCGUUUGGUUGACGGAGACUCAUCGCUUGAAGGUCGUGUUGAGGUCUACUACCAAGGCCAGUGGGGGACUGUCUGUGAUGACUUGUGGGAUAUCGAUGAUGCCACUGUUGUCUGUCGGCAACUGGGCUUCCCAGGUGCUGUAAGGGCUCUAUCUGCUGCCGAUGAAUUCUCUGUUGGUAGAGGACCCAUCUUCCUGGAUGAUGUUGGGUGUUCCGGAUCUGAAAGUACAUUGGCUGAUUGUUCCCAUCGAGGAUGGAAUGACAACAACUGCGGCCACUCAGAAGAUGCUGGAGUCAUCUGCUCUACAAGCGGAACAACUGCUUUGCCAGGGGUUUCAGGGAUACCAGAUGGCAGUGUACAAUUAGUUGGUGGAGACUCGUCAAAUGAAGGUCGUGUUGAGGUCUACUACCAAGGCCAGUGGGGUACUGUCUGUGAUGACUUGUGGGAUAUCCGAGAUGCCAUUGUCGUCUGUCGGCAACUGGGCUUCCCAGGUGCUCUCAGAGCCAUUUCUGCUGCUGAUAAAUUCCCUGUUGGUGAAGGGCCCAUCUUCCCUUAUGAUGUUGGCUGUUCGGGAGUUGAAAGUACAUGGGCAGAUUGUUUCUUUCGAGGUUGGAAUGAUACCAACUGCGGCCACUCAGAAGAUGCUGGAGUCAUCUGCUCUACAAGUUCACCAACUGGCGGCCCAGAUGGCAGUGUUCGAUUAGUUGGUGGAGACUCGUCACAUGAAGGUCGUGUUGAAGUCUACUACCAAGGCCAGUGGGGUACUGUCUGUGAUGACUUGUGGGAUAUCGAUGAUGCCACUGUUGUCUGUCGGCAACUGGGCUUCCCAGGUGCUCUCAGAGCCAUUUCUGCUGCUGAUGAAUUCCCUGUUGGUGAAGGGCCCAUUUUCCUGGAUGAUGUUGGCUGUUCGGGAGAUGAAAGUACAUUGACAGAUUGUUCCCAUCGAGGUUGGAAUGAUAACAACUGCGGCCACUCAGAAGAUGCUGGAGUCAUCUGCUCUACAAGUUCACCAACUGGCGGCCCAGAUGGCAGUGUUCGAUUAGUUGGUGGAUUUUCGUCACAUGAAGGUCGUGUUGAAGUCUACUACCAAGGCCAGUGGGGUACUGUCUGUGAUGACUAUUGGGGUUUCCCAGAUGCUACUGUCGUCUGUCGGCAACUGGGCUUCCCAGGUGCUGUAAGGGCUCUAUCUGCUGCCGAUGAAUUCUCUGUUGGUGAAGGGCCCAUCUUCCUGGAUGAUGUUGGGUGUUCCGGAUCUGAAAGUACAUUGGCUGAUUGUUUCCAUCGAGGAUGGAAUGACAACAACUGCGGUCACUCAGAAGAUGCUGGAGUCAUCUGCUCUAUAAGCGGAACAACUGCUUUGCCAGGGGUUUCAGGGAUACCAGAUGGCAGUGUUCAAUUAGUUGGUGGAGACUCAUUGCAUGAAGGUCGUGUUGAGGUCUACUACCAAGGCCAGUGGGGGACUGUCUGUGAUGACUUGUGGGAUAUCGAUGAUGCCACUGUUGUCUGUCGGCAACUGGGCUUCCCAGGUGCUCUCAGAGCCAUUUCUGCUGUUGAUGAAUUCCCUGUUGGUGAAGGGCCCAUCUUCCUGGAUGAUGUUGGCUGUUCCGGAGAUGAAAGUACAUUGGCAGGUUGUUCCCAUCGAGGUUGGAAUGAUAACAACUGCGGCCACUCAGAAGAUGCUGGAGUCAUCUGCUCUACAGGCGGAACAACUGCUAUGCCAGGGGUUUCGGGGAUGCCAGAUGGCAGUGUUCGUUUGGUUGAUGGGGACUCGUCUUAUGAAGGUCGUGUUGAGGUGUACUACCAAGGCCAGUGGGGUACUGUCUGCGAUGACUUGUGGGAUAUCAAUGAUGCCACUGUUGUCUGUCGUCAACUGGGCUUCCCAGGUGCUCUCAGAGCCAUUUCUGCUGCUGAUGAAUUCCCUGUUGGUGAAGGGCCCAUUUUCCUGGAUGAUGUUGGCUGUUCGGGAGAUGAAAGUACAUUGGCAGAUUGUUCCCAUCGAGGUUGGAAUGAUAACAACUGCGGCCACUCAGAAGAUGCUGGAGUCAUUUGCUCUACAAGUUCACCAACUGGCGGCCCAGAUGGCAGUGUUCGAUUAGUUGGUGGAGACUCGUCAAAUGAAGGUCGUGUUGAGGUCUACUACCAAGGCCAGUGGGGUACUGUCUGUGAUGACUUGUGGGAUAUCAAUGAUGCUACUGUUGUCUGUCGGCAACUGGGCUUCCCAGGUGCUCUCAGAGCCAUUUCUGCUGUUGAUGAAUUCCCUGUUGGUGAAGGGCCCAUCUUCCUGGAUGACGUUGGGUGUUCGGGAGGUGAAAGUACAUUGGCAGAUUGUUCUCAUCGAGGCUGGAAUGAAAACAACUGCGGCCACUCAGAAGAUGCUGGAGUCAUCUGCUCUACGCCAGAUGGCAGUGUUCGUUUGGUUGACGGAGACUCAUCGCUUGAAGGUCGUGUUGAGGUCUACUACCAAGGCCAGUGGGGGACUGUCUGUGAUGACUUGUGGGAUAUCGAUGAUGCCACUGUUGUCUGUCGGCAACUGGGCUUCCCAGGUGCUCUCAGAGCCAUUUCUGCUGCUGAUGAAUUCCCUGUUGGUGAAGGGCCCAUCUUCCUGGAUGAUGUUGGGUGUUCUGGAGAUGAAAGUACGUUGGCUGAGUGUUCUCAUCGAGGUUGGAAUGACAACAACUGCGGCCACUCAGAAGAUGCUGGAGUUAUCUGUUCUACAGAGAUGCAAGAUGGCAGUGUUCGAUUAGUUGAUGGAAGCUCAUCUUCUGAGGGACGUGUUGAGGUCUACUAUCAGGGUAGCUGGGGAACUGUCUGUGAUGACCUGUUCGAUAUCAAUGAUGCUACCGUCAUCUGCCGUCAACUUGGUUUCCCAUCUGCAUUGAGAGCUGUGUCUGCUGCUGAUGAAUUUUCCAUUGGCAGUGGAUCAAUUCUCCUGGACAAUCUUGGGUGCUCAGGAGAUGAAAGUACACUUGCAGAUUGUUCCCAUGCAGGAUGGACUGUAAAUAACUGUGGCCACUCAGAAGAUGCCGGAGUCGUCUGUACUACAUCAGCAACUGCUGCCCCAGAGGUUUCAGGGAUAACAGAUGGCAGUGUUCGAUUAGUUGAUGGAAGCUCAUCUUCCGAGGGACGUGUUGAGGUCUACUAUCAGGGUAGCUGGGGAACUGUCUGCGAUGACCUAUUCGAUAUCCAAGAUGCUACCGUCAUCUGUCAACAACUUGGUUUCCCAUCUGCAUUGAGAGCUGUAUCUGCUGCCACUGAAUUUUCCGAAGGCAGUGGAGCAAUUCUCCUGGACAAUCUUGAGUGCUCAGGAGAUGAAAGUACACUUGCAGAUUGUUCCCAUGCAGGAUGGACUGUAAACAACUGUGGCCACUCAGAAGAUGCUGGAGUCAUCUGUUCACAACCUGUUGUGUAUGAAGAUGGCAGUGUUCGAUUAGUCGAUGGAAGCUCAUUGUCUGAGGGACGUGUUGAGGUCUACUAUCAGGGUAACUGGGGAACUGUCUGUGAUGAUCUGUUUGAUAUCCAUGAUGCUACUGUCAUCUGUCAUCAACUCGGUUUCCCAUCUGCAGUGAGAGCUGUAUCUGCUGCUGAUGAAUUUUCCAUUGGCAGUGGAUCAAUUCUCCUGGACAAUCUUGGGUGCUCAGGAGAUGAAAGUACACUUGCAGAUUGUUCCCAUGCAGGAUGGACUGUAAAUAACUGUGGCCACUCAGAAGAUGCUGGAGUCAUCUGUGCUACAUCAGCAACUGCUGCGCCAGAAGUUUCAGGGAUAACGGAUGGCAGUGUUCGAUUAGUUGGUGGAAGCUCAUCUUCUGAGGGGCGUGUUGAGGUCUACUAUCAGGGUAGCUGGGGAACUGUCUGCGAUGACUUAUUUGAUAUCCAAGAUGCUACCGUCAUCUGUCAACAACUCGGUUUCCCAUCUGCAUUGAGAGCUGUAUCUGCUGCCACUGAAUUUUCCGAAGGCAGCGGCCCCAUUUUCCUGGACAAUCUUGAGUGCUCAGGAUAUGAAAGUACACUUGCAGCUUGUUCCCAUGCAGGAUGGACUGUAAACAACUGUGGCCACUCAGAAGAUGCUGGAGUCAUCUGUUUACAACCUGUUGUGUAUGAAGCUCUUUCUAUCAUUGGGAGGCCAACUGCCCAAAGCACCAGUCAUGAUCUCUAUCCAGGAGAAAAUGCUGUUGAUGGCGAUAUCAUCACAUUUUCACACACUGAGCCGAACGAUCAACAUCCGUGGUGGCGAGUGGACUUGGGCAGUGAACACUGCUUGGGCAGAAUCACAGUCACACUCAGACAAGGCUGCUGUGGGGAAUACCGUUUCACUGCUGCCGUGGCACGGGCCGGUCUGGGCGUAUUCUAUACCGAAAACCAACCGUGCGGGCAACCGGCCACGAGGGCGCAGUCUUACGACGGGGCCGUGAACAUAUUCACGUGUGAUACGCCACGGAUGGCCAGAUAUGUUAGUCUGGACAUCGACCCAUCCAGCCCUGGUGUAACUAACGCACUCCUGCAGAUGGGUGAGGUGACAGUGGAAGAGGUUACAUCUGGAGAGUGUUCUCUGGUGCCUGAUGGCAGUGUUCGAUUGGUUGAUGGAAGCUCAUCUUCUGAGGGACGUGUUGAGGUCUACUAUCAGGGUAGGUGGGGAACAGUCUGUGAUGACCUAUUCGAUAUCAAUGAUGCUACCGUCGUCUGUCAUCAACUCGGUUUCCCAUCUGCAUUGAGAACUGUAUCUGCUGCCGACGAAUUUUCCUUUGGCAGUGGAGCAAUUCUCCUGGACAAUCUUGAGUGCUCAGGAGAUGAAAGUACACUUGCAGAUUGUUCCCAUGGAGGAUGGACUGAACAUAACUGUGGCCACUCAGAAGAUGUUGGAGUCGUCUGUGCACCACUUAUCUUGACAACAGAAGUCCCUGUUGUGUAUGAAGCUCUUUCUAUCAUUGGGAGGCCAACUGCCCAAAGCACCAGUCAUGAUCGCUACCCAGGAGAGUUUGCUGUUGACGGUGAUAUCAACACAUUUUCCCACACAGAGCCGAACGAUCAACAUCCGUGGUGGCGAGUGGACUUGGGCAGUGAACACUGCUUGGGCAGAAUCACAGUCACACUCAGACAAGGCUGCUGUGGGCAAUACCGUUUCACUGCUGCCGUGGCACGGGCCGGUCUGGGCUUAUCCUAUGCUGGGAACCAACCGUGCGGGCAACCGGCCACAAGGGCGCAGUCUUACGACGGGGCCGUGAACGUAUUCACGUGUGAUACGCCACGGAUGGCCAGAUAUGUGAGUCUGGACAUCGACCCAUCCAGCCCUGGUGUAACUAGAGCACUCCUGCAGAUGGGUGAGGUGACAGUGGAAGAGGUUACAUCUGGAGAGUGUUCUCAGGUUGAUGAUGGCAGUGUUCGAUUAGUUGAUGGAAGCUCCUCUUCUGAGGGACGUGUUGAGGUCUACUAUCAGGGUAGCUGGGGAACUGUCUGUGAUGACCUAUUCGAUAUCAAUGAUGCUACCGUCGUCUGUCAUCAACUCGGUUUCCCAUCUGCACUGAGAGCUGUAUCUGCUGCCACUGAAUUUUCCAUUGGCAGUGGAGUGAUUCUCCUGGACAAUCUGGAGUGCUCAGGAGAUGAAAGUACACUUGCAGAUUGUUCCCAUGGAGGAUGGACUGAACAUAACUGUGGCCACUCAGAAGAUGCUGGAGUCGUCUGUGCACCACUUAUCUUGACAACGGAAGUCCCUGUUGUGUAUGAAGCUCUUUCAAUCAUUGGGAGGCCAACUGCCCAAAGCACCAGUCACGAUCGCUAUCCAGGAGAGUUUGCUGUUGACGGCGAUAUCAACACAUUUUCCCACACUGAGCCGAACGAUCAACAUCCGUGGUGGCGAGUGGACUUGGGCAGUGAACACUGCUUGGGCAGAAUCACAGUCACACUCAGACAAGGCUGCUGUGGGCAAUACCGUUUCACUGCUGCCGUGGCACGGGCCGGUCUGGGCUUAUCCUAUGCUGAGAACCAACCGUGCGGGCAACCGGCCACAAGGGCGCAGUCUUACGACGGGGCCGUGAACGUAUUCACGUGUGAUACGCCACGGAUGGCCAGAUAUGUGAGUCUGGACAUCGACCCAUCCAGCCCCGGUGUAACUAACGCACUCCUGCAGAUGGGUGAGGUGACAGUGGAAGAGGUUACAUCUGGAGAGUGUUCUCAGGUUGAUGAUGGCAGUGUUCGAUUAGUUGAUGGAAGCUCAUCUUCUGAGGGACGUGUUGAGGUCUACUAUCAGGGUAGCUGGGGAACUGUCUGUGAUGACCUAUUCGAUAUCAAUGAUGCUACCGUCGUCUGUCAUCAACUCGGUUUCCCAUCUGCACUGAGAGCUGUAUCUGCUGCCACUGAAUUUUCCAUUGGCAGUGGAGUGAUUCUCCUGGACAAUCUGGAGUGCUCAGGAGAUGAAAGUACACUUGCAGAUUGUUCCCAUGGAGGAUGGACUGAACAUAACUGUGGCCACUCAGAAGAUGCUGGAGUCGUCUGUGCACCACUUAUCUUGACAACGGAAGUCCCUGUUGUGUAUGAAGCUGUUUCUAUCAUUGGGAGGCCAACUGCCCAAAGCACCAGUCAUGAUCGCUACCCAGGAGAGUUUGCUGUUGACGGCGAUAUCAAUACAUUUUCCCACACUGAGCCGAACGAUCAACAUCCGUGGUGGCGAGUGGACUUGGGCAGUGAAUACUGCUUGGGCAGAAUCACAGUCACACUCAGACAAGGCUGCUGUGGGCAAUACCGUUUCACCGCUGCUGUUGCACGGGCCGGUCUGGGCUUAUCCUAUGCGGAGAACCAACCGUGCGGGCAACCGGCCACAAGGGCGCAGUCUUACGACGGGGCCGUGAACGUAUUCACGUGUGAUUCACCACGGUUGGCCAGAUAUGUGAGUCUGGACAUCGACCCAUCCAGCCCUGGUGUAACUAACGCACUCCUGCAGAUGGGUGAGGUGACAGUGGAAGAGGUUGCAUCUGGAGAGUGUUCUCUGGUGCCUGAUGGGAGUGUGCGUUUGGAGGGCAGUAGCUCGGCCCACGAAGGCCGCGUGGAAGUCUACUUCAGAGGCUCAUGGGGCACCGUCUGCGAUGACUCGUGGGAUAUCAAUGCCGCGUCAGUUGUCUGUCGGCAACUGGGCUACACGUCGGCCGCAGCUGCACCGAAUUCACAGGAAGCCGGCUUUGGAAUGGGAGAGGGGAGGAUACUUCUGGAUGGGUUGGACUGUUCGGGGGAGGAGAGCAACUUGUACGAGUGCCGCCACAAAAAAACCCACAACUGCGAUCAUUCUGAAGACGCUGGCGUUGUAUGCACUGUGGUCACAACAACACCAGUCAGCUUUGUCCCAGAUGUGCCCGCAGUAGAUGGUGCAUUACGUCUGGUUGGAGGGACAGCGACCUCAAACGGGCGCCUGGAGGUCUACUACAGGGGCCAAUGGGGAACAGUCUGCAAUGACCAGUGGGACCUCCAGAACGCUCAGGUCGUCUGUCGUCAGUUGGGCUUCGGCUCGGCGGAUCCGGUCCUGUACCAGUCCAAGUAUGCCGGGGGGAAAGGCCCCAUCCUGAUGGAUGACGUGAACUGCACCGGCGCCGAGACGUCCCUUAUAAGUUGCCCGAGACGGCACUGGAAGCAGCACGACUGCAGCCAUGAUGAGGAUGUCGGGGUGGUGUGCCAAAGGCCAGGUUCUGUUCGCCUUGUCAGCAUUGCUGAUUCCCCGGGCCUCGCGGGACGGCUGGAGAUGUUCCUGGAUGGGGAGUGGCUGCCGGUGUGCAACCCGGGAUGGGACAUGACUAGGGCCAAUAUGGUCUGCAGACAGCUUGGAUUCAGCUCUGCCAUCAACACUGGCAGCGCUGGAGUUUAUGGCAGUGGGCAAGGGUCAAGCGUUAUUAAUAGGGUUUCUUGUACUGGAUCGGAGGUGCAGCUCAAGGGCUGCAAAGUGGAUGCUGCUCAGGGAGGCAGUUGCCAUGACGCCGGCGCUGACAGUGAUGUGAUUGUGCAGUGCAUGAAACACAAAUCUGAUGGUGACGUCAGGCUAGCUGGCAGUGAGCCGUUGUACAAGGGGGAAGUCAAGAUCCGUCUAGAGGGAGUGUGGCGUGCCGUCUGUGACACCGAUUGGCAGCUGAGUGACGGGGAGGUUGUCUGCCGUCAACUGGGCUACUCUGGUGCCAAAUCAGUCUACCAGAGCGAAAACCCGAACGGGAAUGAAGACAGUGACUUUCCCACACUGAGGCAACCGGUGUGCUCUGGGACGGAGGCCAACAUCGCGUCCUGUAAAAACAGUGGAUGGAAUCACGUCGACAAGUGUGAAAAGGGGCGGGUGGGUGUUGAGUGCUACCAGCAACAAGACCAGUCAAUCAAAGACGAGCAAGGCCUGGCAAACGGAUCGAUGAUUGCAGUGAUUGCCGUUAUCGCUGCUUUAGUCCUCCUCAUUAUCGUCAUCAUCCUCAUCACCCUGGUCAUCAGAAAGGCCAAGGGGAAGAGGAGGCAGUCCUACCAGAUGGACAUCCCACUGUCUCCAGCCUCCCCGCCCCCCAACCAGUGCUCCCAGGACCCGCCCGGCAACGCCAAUGUUGAGAAUCACUACGCUGCUAUGGGUGGGGCCACGGGUGGGGCCACGGCAGAGUCCACCAUCGGCAUGUGCAAUCCGGUCUACGAGACCUCGCUAAACUGGUCCCCGCCUUUGAAACCGGUGUCCUUUGAGUUCCCCUCGCCCCAAGCCGGAGGCGGUGAUCUGUAGAAGGGGAAUUAGUUGACCACCCUGCACACGGUGCUGCCAUCUUCGAAAGUUGUUACCUAUGCUCACAAUAAUGGCAUGGUGUGAUCUUGUACUAAAAAAUACAUUCAUGCACAUUCUGUGUAGUCCCUUGAAAUAGUUUUGGUUUAUUGUAAAGCACAUUACAAUGCCCGUUAUCAUUAUCAAUGCCCUUUUGUAAUGCAGUUAUCAUUUUUCCUUUGUAUGAGACGAUAUGUUAUCAGUACUGAUCAAACCUUAGCUUUAAUAUCAUAGGAAAUGGUUCCUUCCAAAUUGUUUCUUAAGCUGUUAUGGAUAAAAAUGUGCCGGAGUAUAGGACUAAUAUAUAUAAUUGGAGUAUUUACCUUUCUCAAGAAAAUAUCUGAAAAAAAUUAUGAAAUAUCGAGAGAAUUUUGUACUUAAUUCUAAUUGUAAUAAUGUUCACUUGGCUUGUCUAAUCGCUAUAGCUGCUAUAGAAAUAGCUCAAAUGCUUGUUGGAUGGGAAUAACAAUCUAAUACCUAAAAAUAUUAUAUUGUUUGUAGUUUUAACAAGUUUUAUAGUCAUAAACCUAUCAAUAUUUUUGCAGCAUAUGCCUUGAUCUAAUUAUAACGUUUGUAUACGUAUCGCUUCAACUUUCAAAACAAUAUAUGUAUUUCCUAAUUAAUGCUAGUGAUCAACACAAAAUGAACGUGUCAGUACUCCGCAACAGUACUUCCAACAGGACUGUAAAUAUGCACUGAUAUUAUUGUUAGUCGUUGGACUAUGACAUCUUGAUUUAUAAUUACUUUCAUACAUUUACAUGUAUUUGCAAAGACCUUUUUGUAUGUAGGACGUUACUGUAUAUAAUGUAUUUUUGCAUGACCAGUGCAGUUUAACUGUAUAAGGGGCAUGUCACAGGAGUCAAUUUACAGAAAACUUGUUCAAAUUAAGAAGAAACGGCGCAGAUAUUACACAAGUCAAUUUACAGGAAAAUUGUUCUAACGAAGAAGAAAACGACCAGGCAAAUUUCUGUUCAUGUUAUGUUCCGAGUUAUUUCCAUAAACGGUCUAGAACAUUCGUUCUUGGGUGUUCCCCUUGCAGUGCAUUUGGUUUUGUAAAUAUUGCCUUGUUUGACUUGCAUUACCAGCACACUUUCGCAAAAAAAGUGGUUCGGCCACCAUUCUAUACAAAACCUCAUUGGCCGGGGGUUUUGUGCGUAAACCUUAUCAGUCAGCCGAUCACACUCAAUUGACUUCGGCAAAACCGCACGUCCCAUCAUAAAGAGUCAGUUAACCGGACCAUUUUUUCCGACGUGAUUCUAAUGUUACCCGAUGACUGAAAAAUGCCAUAGCCUUAAAAUGUAUUUUUUGCAAAACUGACCCGAUUUUAAUUUACGAGAAAAAAUGUCAUGUUGUUGGGUACUGGAGUUCGGCUUGUUUAAAUGUAGUUUUAAGUGGCUAGAGUACAAACGUUGCCCAGGGGAACAGCAGUCUGGGUUUGUUUAUGGGUGUGUUACUCCCCCAACAAGAACCUCUGGCAUAAUUUGGACUCGUCUUGAUAUGAAUAGCCAUGGUAAUUUCAGAAUUACGACUUCAUAGAACACAUCGAAGGUUUACUUUAGUUGUAUGAAUUUCAUUGGCACAGAUAUGAACAUUGUAUGGCCGGGCUUCAAAAUGUCCACUGAAUUGUGGGCGGUACUAAUCGAAAGCUGAAGUUUCCAACAUCAAAAAAUUAAUAAUAAAAUAAGUAUAAUUAUACAAUUUUAAAACACUUAAAGAAAAUAUUUGCAGUUUUAAGUGAUGUGUAUUAUAUGUAUGUGUUAUUGGUAAACAUGUAGGUUGCCAUAGAGAUAACUGCUUCUUAAUUUUAGCUCAAAGCUAUGAAAUUAGAAUGGUGUGUAUUUUUAGCCUUAUGAAAUUUGCUUUGGAAUUUGACAUAAACUGUUCUUGCAUAUUGCUGAAUAAAAUCGCUCUAACCAAAA